AACCGAACGCUUGAGAAGUUCAUGAAAAGAGGGGUGAUUUGAUUGCGGCUGAGUUCUGUUCAUCUCUCUAGCCCAGAAUAAUCAGCUGAACCAUAUUGUGCAGGCUUCAUUAUCUGGCUCUAUAUCUCCCAACUUGCGACUUCCAACUUAUUUGACGAUUCAAUCUGGUCAUGGCAGCGCAAUUCUGUUCUUCUCCCUCUUGAAAAUCUACAAGCCAAUACUGAAAGUUGGAAUUCUGUUCAGCUCGCUCUUUAAACUUUGCUAGCCAACAAUCACCAACUGAAUUGUGGAAGCUCCUCUGGUAUGAAAAUCAAAACCUCUUUUCUUUGCCUCUUCAAUUUAGUCUUUCAUUUUCUGAUCAGUGUUUUCCAUUGGUUUCAUGAGGGUCUAACCGCGAUCACGCUCUCAAAGUAUGAGUGGCUUGUUGAUAGUUAUGCUAGGAAUUUGUUACUUACAAAUCACAUGUGUUACUUUUUUCCUUUCAACUUCGCACUGACAGAAAGUACGAUCUAAAAUAUAGUAAAUUUAGUUACUCUAGUGUCCGAAAAUAAAUAGCUGGGAAAAAUUUUAGAUCUCAUAGCAAGAACGAUUAAGUAUGUAAGAGGCUUCCUAUUCUACAUCAUGAAAUUUACCUUUCAGGAAUUGUCGGUACAUAUUGGAAUGGAUGACGCAGGAAUAUCAGCAGCAGCAAAGCUUGCUGAAUAUUUGGUGGAUCCUACUUUGCACCAAUUGCAAUAUUUGUUUUGUGUUGGCAAAAUCACCAGAAAUGUUGAGACCAAAAAGGAGGAAUUGAUACUGAAGCAAGGGAGGGUGCAAGAACUUGUUGAAGAAGCCAUUAAGAGGACUGAGAGGAUCGAUGAUGAGGUUAACAAGUGGAUGAAUGAGGUGGUAAGCCUCAUAGCAGAGGUGGAGAGCUCGGUGCAAGAACUAAAGGCCAACAAUAACUGCUUCCAACGGUGGUGUCCUACUUGGAGGAGAUAUCAUCUCUGCAAAGUGUUGGUGAAGACAGCCCAGCAGAUGACAGAGUUGAAUGCAAAGAGUGAUCAGCUUGAGCCAUUUUCUCAUCAUGUUAUUGUUCCAGAUAUAGAGUAUCACUCUUCUAAGGAUUUUAUGGUCUUCAGAUCAACAGAAAUGGCAUAUGAUGAGCUUUGGGAGGCACUGCAAGAUAGUGAUAGCUUUAUUAUUGGGUUGUGGGGCAUGGGCGGUUCAGGCAAAACCACCUUGGUCAAGGAAGUGGGAAAGAAAUCCAAAGAAUCAAAGCUGUUUGAUCGAGUUAUAAUCACAACAAUUUCCCAAACUCCAAAUAUAAGGAAGAGCCAAGGUGAAAUUGCAGACUUAUUGGGACUCGAGUUGAGGGAAGAAAGUGAAGCAGGAAGGGCAAGAAGAAUUGCAAUGAAAUUACAAAGUCCAAAGGAACAAAUUCUAAUUAUAUUGGAUGACGUGUGGUCUAUGCUAAACCUUGAGGACAUAGGGAAUCCCUUUAGGAAUGAAGGUCCAAGAAACUGCAAAGUUCUUUUUACCACGCGUCGCAAGGAGGUAUGUACUUUGAUGGAUUGCCAAAAAACUAUUUCAUUGGGUCUGCUAACAAAAGAUGAAGCUUGGGAUCUAUUUCAAACUCAUGCUAAAGUAGAUGAUGGUGCAAUAGAAGUGGCUCAAGAAGUUGCCAUGGAAUGUAAGGGGCUACCCAUUGCAAUUGUGGCUAUGGGGAAGUGUUUAAAAGGAAAAGGACUUGAUGAGAUAAAUGUAGUAUUGCAUAGGUUGAGACAUUCAAAGCCAGUUGUUGUGGAUGAAGGAGGGAGUGAUGCUUAUGCUUGUCUCAAGUUAAGCUAUAAUUAUUUGAAAACUGUAGAAGCCAAAUUGUUGUUCUUGAUAUGUGCUCUAUUUCCUGAAGAUCAUGAAAUCAUCAUUGAAGAUCUUUUUAGGUAUGGGAUUGGGUUAGGAUUAUGCAAAGAUGCUGACUCAUUUGAAAUAGGAAGAAGUCAAGUUAUAGCAUCUAUAUAUGUUCUCAUUGACUCUUCGUUGUUGACGUAUUAUGUCAACUCUUGGAAUGAAAAAUGUGUGAAAAUGCAUGACAUGGUUCGUGAUGUAGCUUUAUGGAUAGCACCUAAAGAGCUUGGGACUAUUAUGGUAAACUGUGCUAAAGAAUUUAAUGGAUUGCAUGAAGAUGAAGCAGCAAAAGAUUGCUAUGCAAUAUCUUCAUGGAAUAGGAAGAAUGAAGUACUUCGAUUUCCUUCUCAACUGGACGCUCCAAAGCUUGAGCUUAUGUUGAUAAAUUCAAGCAAACCCAUAGAUUUAUCACGGGCAUCAUUUGAAGGUGUUAAAGGACUGAAAGUUGUAGCUCUGAACAACAAUGGACCAUUCUAUUUGACAAAAUUGCUUCCUCAAUCAAUACAAUGGUUGUCUAAUCUUCGAACUUUGCGCUUGCGAGAUUGGGAUUUAGGUGACAUUUCUUUUGUGGUAAGCCUAAAAAGACUUGAAAUUCUUGACUUGAAAGGAAGCAGAUUCAAAAAAUUGCCAAAUGGAAUUGAAAACCUAAUCCAUCUAAAACUGCUCGACUUGUCAUGGUGUAUAGCUGAAGAGUGUUUUUAUAAAGCAAUAGGAAGGUGUUCACAACUAGAAGAAUUGUAUGCUUACAUAAUACACCCUUCAAGAUGCACAAUUUGUUAUGAAUGCUUUGUGGGUGUCCCUGCUCUUUCAAAAUUGGGAAGGUAUACGUUGGAAAUGGGGCCACACAACAAGACUAUGUUCCAGAAUAAAGGCAUAAGAGAGAUAUUCUUUGCAGAGUUAAAUAUCUCCAUCCCAAGUGCAAUGAUCAAGGAUCUUGCACAAAGAGCAAUUGCAAUUGAAUUUUAUAAGCUUCAAGGAGGUUGCAAAAGGUUCAGUCCAGAUGUGGUUCAAACUGUAGGAGGCAUGAAUGAGUUAACUAAACUCUGUCUUCAACAUUGUUGUGAGAUCGAAUGCUUUACUGAUCAAACUACUCCUCAUGAAGACAUAGUUGUCCUUAGAUUGGUUGAGCUGGUGUUGAAGUAUAUGGAUAAUCUAAAACAACUAUGUUAUGUUCCUUCAAAUGUUAGCUUAUUCCUAAAUCUAGAAAGUCUAAACAUAGAAAGUUGCCCUCAAUUGGUCAACGUGUUUCCUGGUAAAUGUAACUUAGGCAACCUUAAGUACCUCAACAUUGUCAACUGUCCGAUGUUGACAUCCCUCUUCCCUAUCUCUGUUGCUUGCACUUUGCUAUCGUUAGAACAACUCUCAAUAAAUGAAUGUCAUGAAUUGAAGCAUGUAAUUGAGGGAGAGGAUGGUAUUGUUGACGCAUGGGAGGAUCCGAUGUUCCCAAAAUGGGAAAUUCUGUCUGUCUGGAAUUGUAACCAAUUAGAAUCUAUUUGCCCAAGCUUUUGUGUUCAAGGGUUUACACGAUUGAAAUCUAUAUUCAUAAAAGAUGCUCCUCAGUUGAAAUUUGUAUUUGGUGAAGCAACUUCAAUAUGUGAUGGAAUGGAGACUAGCAUAGUGCUUCCACUUUUAGAAAAUUUCAGAUUGGAAAACCUCCCAAAUCUACUCAGAAUUUAUCCAGAGAGCUAUCAUCUACUGUGGCCAUCUCUAAUGAAAGCAGAAUGGACAAACUGUCCAAAGAUAGAAUACUUCAUUUGAUUCUCUCAUUAUUGGUUCAGAACUAUAAGGCAACCACGUCGAAAUAUGGUGAUGAUAUGGGAACAUUUAUCAAGUGGUAAAGAAGGAUGAGGUCGCGCCACUUGGCUUGAUGAAGGGCGAAAUUGGAAUUAACGAGUGCAUGUAACUGUAAAUUUUAUUUUUACUUGAAAAGAGGUGACAUAAGUUUGGACUUUAAUGGUUUCAUGAUGGGUUAGAUUAAAUCUAGGCUUUGAGCCACACAACAGCCAUAAGUUUGAAUUGGAUUAUGCAAUUUGAGUGUUUUCAUAUGCUAAUAUAUACUUUUAGUUUGAGUUCUAUAUUGGAAUUAAUUCUUAACGUUUGA